AUGUCUUUAGAAAUCGGUUCUACACAUGCAAUUCAGAUAAAAUGCUCCUACAUGAUAGAAAAAUACAAAAAGAAGCUGAAGAAGCUGAAACGGCUUAAAAGGGAGAUGAAGUCGUUCUUUGAGAAAAAGAGAAUGGAAAACUACAUUGACAGAUAUUUUAUUAACAAAGAAAGAGAGCAUCUACACUGCGAAUUAGCUAAAGAGAAAGAAAAAAUACAUUUAGAACAUCUGGAAAAAUUAAAGGAGAUAUACAACAACUAUUUUGCAGAUAUAUUUUUGUAUGAACAAGAAUACUAUCAAUGUAUUUAUAAAGUAUUCAAGAAUUUGCUACUAAAGAAGGAAGAAAUUGAUGAGAAGGAAAAACGAGAACAAGUAUAUAUGAUGUUUUCAGACAAAAAUAUAAACACAUACACAAUUUGGGAAAACAAAACUGAACAUGCAAACAAUAAUUUCUUGAUUGACAAUGAGAAACAAACAGAACAUGGGGAAGAUAAAAAGAAUUUUGAUAUAGAAAAUUUGUGCCAACUAAAUAUAAACGAAAUUUAUCAAAGCAUCAUCCUCAAUCAAAGUGAAAAAACACACACACACAAUGACGAAGGUGAUUAUAUAUCUAACACAAUCAGAUGCAAGAUUAAAAAUGAGGAAAAUCCCCCUAUCACCCUUUUCUCAGAUGAACAAAGUAAAGUCUCUAGUGAACUGUGUAUAAAUUUAUCAAAAAAGGAGAAAAGUGAUCAUGAAAUGGAAGAUAAUGAAAAAAAUAUCACGGAUAAGGGUAACAUGAUUUGUGUGCUCAGUCCACACGGAAAAAAAGCUACUGCAGUAGAGGAAGCCCUUGAGGAAGUAGCAACUGACACGGGCAAUGGUAUGAUCCAAGAUGUUUGCAAUGAAAUGAUCAAGGAAGUGUACAAUGAAACAAUCGAAGAAGUAGAAACUUCCGGAGAUGUGCUAGAAAAUGCAUUCGAAUUGAAAGACAAUUCUGAUUAUGAAGAAGAAAUUCAAACAAAUACGCCCACUUCAGGUGAAAAAAUUAAGCAAGAAAAUUGGCAUACAGAAGACGUAAAACAUGCAUACCUAAACGUGGAAGAAGAAAAUUAUAAUCAUAAUAAGGAUUACUUAGGUCGAGAAAAAAGUUCUAAUAAAUGUGAAGAUGAAAAGGAAAAAAUACAUUCCAAAUCGAAAGAAGCAAAAUAUUGUGAUCAAAUGUUUGAAAAAAGCGAAACAGAGAAUGAUAGAAACAAUGUAUUUAUAGAUGAGCAGGAUGAAAUUAAAUGCUCCAGAAAUAUGGAUACAUUAGAGGGGGAAAGAAAUACUCCCAGGAAUCCUUGCAUUUUAAACCAUAAUGAUGAAUACAUAAAUAAUGAAAAUUUAAAAAGUGUGGAAUAUAUAUACACCAAUGCAGGGGAUGAAAAAUGCCCAAGCAACGAUAUCGAUGAAGAUGUGUUACAUGAACAAAUUAGGAAAGUGGUAGCAAAUAGUAACAUUUGUGAAACUAGCCAAAUGGAAGAUGAACAAAAGGGAACCGAAGAAUUUGAUGAUGUUAUAGAAAAUAAUAUAAACUUUAAUAUAUCUAGUUACUUUAGUGGAAGUUAUGAUGAUAUUAACGAUUCUGGGGAAUUGGGAAAAAUUGAUGAAAAUAUAGUUCCAUUGAAUAAUGAUACUUUUUAUAAUGAUAUUGACAAUCCAGAAUAUGGCAUGAUAGAAGAACAUAGUUCUGUUGUAAAUUCUACAGAAUUGAUAAACGACCUUAAGAAAAAUCAUGACCAAAUCGAAAUACAAAAUGGGGAAGAGUCCACAAUAUUUAGCACAGGAGAAGAUUCCCAUGUGGAAAAAGAACUACACAAUGAAGUGGUCGAUGCAAUGUCCAAAGAACAAAACGAUUUGGUAAAAAGCGUGGAAACCAAUUCGAAAGGAGAUAAAGCACUUGCACUGACACUCACACCGAUUAACGAGAACAUGAGGAACAGCGAUGAAUAUAUGAAAGAGUUCAAUGAAGAGAACCAAAAAAUUCAUUCAUCAAAACAUAGUACAUUAUAUUCUUAUCACAACGAAUAUUUCAUACCGAUUGAAAAAAUGCAAACCUUUGAAAACUACGCCGAAAAAAUUAGCCGAUUGGAAAAUUAUGAAAAUAUGCUGCAUUUUAUAAACUCUGGAGAUGCCACCCAAAGGGGAAAUGCUAGUCAUUCAAGUCGCACAGAUGAUGCUAAACAAAAUGGUGUUACUGCAAGCACGAUAAAUCAGCCAGUUCAUAAUAAACCGAACGUGAAUUUGGAAUUAAACAGAGUUGAAGAGUUGAUAAAUUACAUGAGUGCGAAAAAGAACGAAAUAGCAAAAAAUGGUUUUAAAAAGAAAAAAAAGGAUAUUAAGUAA